UAACCACCAGAAUCUGCCUCAGGACCCCCUAAAUUUGCACUUAAACCACCCAAAGUUGCCCCAGGCACCCCCCCGCGGUGCAUUGUGGGAGACAGGCUCCCCUCAGCGUCUGGCCUCAGCCCGUUGCUGAGGGGAGGGGGCGGGCCUUGUCCCAGACCGACCAAUGAGAAGCCAGAACGCCAGGCGCCGGCAGGGAGCAGCCAAUGAGCGAAGGGAGCGCCCCGGCCUCCAGGACCCCGGCUCGCGGGGUGCCCACGGUGUUGCCUGAAAGCUACACACACACACACACCGCGCACUUCCCGCCUCAGGCAUUCGCUGCGGCCACCCUGUCCCCCAUCCCGGGGGGGGCCUCGCUGGGAGGGGCGGGGCCUGCCUUAAAGGCGCCGCGGGGCCAAGAUGGCGGCGCGCUGGCUGUGGCUGCUGGCGCUCUGGGCCCGGGCCGCCGCCUCGCCGCCCCCCGACGCCGAGGUCACUUUCGUGCUCCCCGCCGGCCGCCGGGAGUGUUUCUACCAGGGAGCGCCCGGUAACGCCUCCAUGGAGCCCACCGAGGGCGGUGACUACAAGCUCUGCUUCGACAACUCCUUCAGCACCAUCUCGGAGAAGCUGGUUUUCUUCGAGCUGCUCUUCGACAGCCCCCGCCCGGAGGAGGAGGAGGAAGAAGAAGACGGGGGGGAAGAGGAGGAUGAAGGCAACGGUUGGGCCACGGCCCCCGAGGACGCGCUGGACGUCAAGAUCGAGGACAUCAAGGAAUCCAUCGAGACCAUGAGGAGCCGCCUGGAGCGGAGCAUCCAGAUGCAGACGUCGCUUCGGGCUUUCGAGGCUCGAGAUCGGAACCUUCAGGAGAAGAACUUGGGGAGGGUCAACUUCUGGUCGGGGGUCAACCUGGGGCUGCUGCUGGUGGUGGCUUUUCUCCAGGUCUACCUGCUCAAGAGCCUCUUCCAGGACAAGAGGACAGGGCGGACGUAGAUUUUUUUGGGGGGGGGGACACAUUUGGGACAUGGUUUUUUAACCCCCCACCACCUUCUCCUUCCCAUUUUUUCCCCCCAUAAUCUUUCCCCCCCCUAAUUUCCCCUCAU